UCUCAAAAAUAAAAAAUACCAAUAUACUUGUUCACGAAGAGAACUAAAAUUAAACAAAAUCAUCACUCAGCAGCUUAUUCAUCUCCCUCGAGGAUGGGCGAAACGGAGUUUUACGAUCUCGACGACGACGCCGAUUACGCUGCUGCUUCUGUUUAUCAAGGUUCUGCAAGUGUGAGUAGUAGUGAUGUUAGUAAUCGGAAAGAUUCGACUAGUGAGAUAGAUGGCGGUGGUGCACAUUUGGUGUAUUUGAAGGAUAAUGUGGCGAUUCAUCCGACUCAGUACGCGUCUGAAAGGAUUACUGGUCGAUUGAAGCUGAUUAAGCAAGGAACUUCGUUGUUCAUGACAUGGAUUCCGUACAAAGGACAGAGCUCAAAUGUGAGGGUUUCUGAAAAUGACAGGAAUCUUUAUACGAUAAGGGCAGUGCCUUUUACAGAGAUUAGGUCGAUUCGCAGGCACACUCCUACCCUUGGGUGGCAAUACGUAAUUGUUGUUCUGUCUUCAGGUUUAGCUUUUCCUCCUCUUUAUUUUUAUAAUGGAGGAGUUCGAGAUUUUCUUGCUACAGUAAAGAAACAUGUUCAUCUUGUCAGGUCUGCAGAAGAUACAAAUGUAUUUCUGGUCAAUGACUUCCAAGACCCUCUCCAGAGAACUUUGUCUUCUUUAGAGAUCCCUUUGGCUGUUGUAAAUGGACCAUCUCCAUCUUUUUCACCUAGUGGUUCACACUCAACUACAAACAAAGAGAAAAUGAGUGAAACUUUUAGUAGUAAUCAGCAAAAUGGAAGGCAGAGGCAAAAAAACCACGAUCCUGCUCGAGAUCUUUCUAUUCAAGUACUAGAGAAGUUUUCUCUUGUGACGAGAUUUGCCAGGGAAACCACUAACCAGAUUUUUGGCGAAAAUAGUGAGGUAUUUGGUUAUAGUGAAAAGAGGAACCAUAACCAGUCGACGCAUGUGCACCCUAACAAGGCAGCAAAGGAUGCUAUGGUUCCUAAUAAAAUUCCAGUAGUGCCAGAUCCUUUGGAGGAGUGUCUGAUGCAGACCUCUAUCCUUGUUAAACAGAAAGACCAAUGUAGAAAACAGAAUCACGAUGAAGAAGCUGUCACCACUGUGGGAAAUUUUGAGCUUGUCGAUAGUAAGGAGGUCAAUAAAUUAACACUGAUAUGGGGCAAACCACGUCAGCCUCCAUUGGGCCCUGAAGAGUGGACAACUUUUUUGGAUUCUGAAGGGCGUUUAGUCGAUGCAAAAGCUCUGAGAAAGAGAAUAUUUUAUGGGGGAGUGGAGCAUAGUUUGCGGAAAGAGGUUUGGGCAUUCUUGCUGGGGUACCACGCAGAUGAUUCCACGUAUGCUGAGAGGGAGUAUCUUGUAUCAGUUAAGAAGUCAGAGUAUGAGACAUUAAAAAAUCAGUGGAAGAGCAUCUCUGCAGAACAGGCGAAAAGAUUUACCAAAUUUAGGGAGCGAAAAGGACUUAUAGAUAAAGAUGUGGUAAGGACUGACAGGUCGCUUUCAUUCUAUGAAGGGGAUGACAAUCCGAAUGUGAUUCUUCUGCGUGAUAUACUUCUGACGUACUCGUUCUUCAACUUUGAUCUCGGCUACUGUCAGGGCAUGAGUGAUCUUCUGUCCCCAAUUUUAUUUGUCAUGGGAAACGAAUCAGAGGCAUUUUGGUGUUUUGUUUCAUUGAUGGAGAGGCUUGGCCCCAAUUUUAAUCGUGAUCAGAAUGGAAUGCACUCUCAACUUUUUGCAUUGUCAAAGCUGGUUGAAUUGUUAGACAGCCCCUUGCAUGCAUACUUUGAGCAGCACGAUUGCUUGAACUACUUCUUUUGUUUCCGCUGGAUCCUUAUACAAUUUAAAAGGGAAUUUGAAUACGACAAAACAAUGCGUUUGUGGGAGGUGCUGUGGACACAUUAUCUGAGUGAGCACUUCCAUUUGUACGUGUGUGUGGCGGUACUGAAGAAAUAUCGUGAGAAGAUAAUGGGGGAACAGAUGGAUUUCGACACGCUCUUGAAAUUUAUAAAUGAGCUGAGUGGACAGAUAGACCUAGAUGGUAUCCUCCGUGAUGCAGAGGCUUUGUGUAUAUGUGCGGGUGAGAAUGGUGCAGCUUCUAUACCUCCUGGAACUCCGCCAUCAUUGCCCAUUGAAGAUGGUUCAUUACUUUAUCAACAAGAUGAUGAUAGUGUAUUGUAAAACCUUUUUUUUUCUUUGUUAGGAAGUAAGGGGAGGGGAGGGGAGGGGUAGGGGAGUAAGAUACUGUUUGAAGUCCUGGAUGAUGCUACUCAUUAAAAUUUGUAAUUAUUAAAAUCAAACUUAAAUUGCUUUGCUAGUCAUUUGCAGUGACUGUGGUACUCGGGUUAAUUAGUGAAAGUCUGAAACAGGGUACUGGGUAGUCUCAUUAUGCGCCGAACCCUUGUUUCUUACACAUCAA